AUGGCGUCUAAAGGAGAGUCUACUGGAGAUAUAAAUUCCCUGAUACAGGCUAUAAGAAAUGCUAUCGAUUUGACUUUAAGAGAAGUCAGCUCCACAUCGAAUCUUUUCCAAUCGGAUGCAGCUGCAAGAUUUGCAGAAUUAGAGAGAAAGACGCAGUUUCUAGUAAUUGCCUUGGACAGAAACUCACAGUUAAUACAGCGAGCUAUGAUUAUCUUCGAACAAAUAGCGAGAGUUUCCUGGAUCGUCAUAUUGAAGAGUCCCAUCUUGCUGAUGGAAUGGAGAACACGCAUCGCUCCAAUCUGUUCUAUAUCGCCAGUCAGAUGUGACCCAUUUACACCCUAUAGAACAAUUGAGGGCCAAUGCAAUAAUUUGAAUUUCCCUUUAUGGGGAAGCAAGAUGUCACCCCAGGAGAGGCUCAUUCGGCCUUUCUACGAUGAUGGGUUAAAUUCUCCUCGUACAAAGUCGGUUGCGGGAGGAGACUUGCCCAAUGCACGAGUGAUAAGCAACGAGUUUCACAGAAACACAGGUCAAGCACCAGUUUUAAGCAAAAUCUUCACAAACAUGUUCUUUGCCUAUGGACAGUUUCUAGAUCACGAUAUUACAUUAACCCCAGUUCUGAAAGGUAGACUCCGAUUGACGGCCAUGAAUCUCCCUCUGUCUGGGUCUGCCGAUAUGUGCAUGCUUUCCUCUCCAGGACAUCACUGUUUCCUAGCAGGUGAUGGUCGGCGACAUGAAGUUCCUAGUCUUACAACGCUGCACGUGAUUUUCGCAAGGGAGCAUAAUCUUUUAGCACGUGGUCUUAGAUUAACCAACCCUCAUUGGCAUGACGAGAGAUUGUUUCAGGAAGCGAGACGUAUCUUGGGAGCAGAGCUGCAACACAUAGCUUUCAAUGAAUAUUUACCUAUCGUACUUGGAACUGACGUCAUGAUAAAAUUAGGAUUAAUUCCAACCGCACAGGGUUACCGCACAGUAUAUGAAGAAACCAUUAACCCGACGACUACAUCAAGUUUCAGUACAGCAGCAUUCCGUUAUGGUCAUUCGCAAAUUCCUUCCGUUCUUGGACUUAUGUCUAAAGAUGGGAUAAUUGUGGACGAAAUGCCACUGCAUACUCAAUUUGACAGACCCGAUAUAUUAUUCAAUAGGGACGGUUCAGAAAAUCUGAUGCGGUGGUUGACUAAUUCACAUCAUGAAGAAAACGAUAGACUUAUUUCGGAUAGCGUGCGAAACAAUCUUAUGCAAAACAUGGGUCCGCUAGCAAUGGAUUUAGCCGCCACAAACAUACAACGAGGACGGGACCAUGGCAUUCCUCCGUAUAACUUUUUUAGAGAAUGGUGCGGUUUGCGACCGGUUAUCCAUUUCGGGAAAGGACCAGGUGGACUGAAUGAUCACGACGAUAUAGCCAGAAUAUUUCUAUCUAAACUUUACAGAAAUCCAAAUGACCUCGAUCUCUUCACGGCAGGUGUGUCUGAGAAAAACCUUCCGAACGCAGCUGUUGGACCGACAUUUUCUUGUAUCAUUGCGACACAAUUUAAUAACUAUCAAAGAGGAGACAGAUUUUACUAUGAGAAUGCAAAUUUACCGGGAAGUUUUACAGUUGAUCAGUUGAAUGAAAUAAAAAGGAAAACAACUUUAGCCGCUAUUCAGUGUAGAAACUCCCGUAUACAUUCAACACAACCACAACAGUUCCUGAAACCUGAUCACAUAAGGUAA